AACGGAAUAUUAAUUGUGAUUAUCUUAAUCAUCGCCAUAAUCCAUCAAUAAUCAAUUCGUUCAAUUUUAAUUGUUCAUAUCGAGCUUAUUUUCCAUAACCAUGAGGAUAAUUACAUUUGGAUUCCUUAUUAUUUUAGGUUUAAUUGUGAAUGAAAUUGAAGCUCAAGGAGCUUAUUAUGAUAAUCGUUAUCCACCUUCACCAGGCCGAAGAUCAAGUUCCUUAACAUAUCGAUCUCGAUCCAGACCACAAUAUGGUUACCGACGAGGUGUCCGUUUCCAAACUGCUCCUCGAGAAGAUGAUGGUCAAGUACAACAGUUGACCGAUUCACCUAAUUCUAUUAACGGUGGAUCGAAUCCCGUUGGAAAUGGAGGAGCAAUUAACGGAAAUGCUCCUCGACCAGAUCAACAAUUAAUGGUUGAAGGUGAUUUAGAUUCAACUACAGUUGCGACUGGACUUGGUGGUGGGUCAUCAUCAUUAUCUCCUGUCUCUCCUUCAUCCCCUGGAGCUUCUAGUGAUUCAGAUGAGCCCACCGGUGGUUCAUCUUAUUCUGAUAAUGGUUCAUCUUUUUCACCAACACCAACAUCAACAUCCACUGGUUCAGUUGAUGAUACUGAAUCUAAUGGACCUGUUGGUUCAUCCGCACAAGGAACUGGUGAUCAACAAGGACCCGCUACCGAUGAUGCUGAUUCUGAGGAACCCGCUCAAGGAGUAAAUCCUACAUCUGAUUCUGGAGUUAAUGGUGUUAAUCAAUCAAAUUUACCAGGAUCAACAAUCUCUGGUUUCCCAACUCAAGGUACUACCCCAAGUGCCUAUUCUGGUACAAAUGGUAACGCCGGUGGUGUUAAAAGGCCAACCAAUGGAAUUGGAUCUCGACCUGCAUCAGGAUCUGGAUUGAGCGGAAAUGGAAAUGGAAACGGAGUAGGAUAUAGCGGUAAUGGCGGUGCAAACAAUGGACAAAAUGGUGGAAGCGGUGUUACUUAUUCCAAUGGUGGUGCCAAUGGAGUUGGAAGUGGUAAUCGAAUGGGCCGAGGUCCAUUAAAUGGUAAUGCUGGUCCAAUCAAUGGAAAUGGUGGUUCACGAACUAAUGGUCAAGGUAAUGGGUCAAAAAAUGGAAAUGGUAACAGAAAUGGAAUCACUUACCCUGGAACCAAUGGUGCCACCAACGGUAUGGGCUCAUCAAGUUCAGGUCAAAAUGGUUUCUCCAACGGCAAUGGAAUUAACUUCCCAGAAUCGUCAAUGGGUCCAUCCUCUGGAUUCCCAAGUGGACCAACCAGUGGAAUCGACUCAUCCAUGGGCAAUGGCGCCAAUGGAAUGAACAUUCCCAAUGGUCCAAGCUCAUCUCAACCUGGAAGUUCAUCUGGAAACGGAGGAAAUGGAGUUUCUGGCUACAGUGGUUCUGGUUCACCAAGUGGUCAUCAUGGAGAUGAUGGUCAAUAUCAACAUGACUCAGGUCACCAUGGAAGUGGUAACCCAAUUGAUUGGCUACGAGAUGCUAUUCGAGGUGAACCCGGACGAGAUUAUCCAAUCCUUUAUUCAGUUCCAAACACACCCUUCAAGUGUGAUGAUGUCGGUUAUCCUGGUUACUAUGCUGAUGUUGAUGCUCAAUGUCAAGUUUUCCACAUUUGUCAAAUGGAUGGACGAAAAGAUUCAUUCUUAUGUCCUAACGGAACCGUUUUCAGUCAACGUAACUUUGUCUGCGUUUGGUGGUACGAUUUUGAUUGUAGUCAAGCUCCAUCACUUUACAAUCUCAAUGAAAAACUCUACAAAGAUGCUGAAGGAAACCCAAUCACAGGAGGAUCAGGUGGAUCCGGAACUGGUUCAGGUUCAGGUUCAGGAACUGGUCAAGCAAUGAUUCCUGCUGGAAGAUCACUUGAUGAUGGUCAAUCUAUUGGCUCAGGUGCUGGUAAUGGUAACGCUAGUCCAGGUACUGGCUCAGGUUCAGGUUCAGGUUCAGGCUCUGGAACUGGAACUGGUGCAAGUUAUGGGGAUAGAACCUCUGGUUCCGGUCCAGUAACUGGCGGAGCUGAUGGUCAAUCAACAAGUGGUGGCUCAAGUGAGCCUAAUGACGCCGAGGGUGAAACAGGAACUGGUGCUGGUGAACCGGGCAUGGGCUCAGUUGAUGGAUCAAUGGGUGGUAUUGAUGGUGGAAUGAAUAAUCUUGGUGCUGAUGGUGGACAAAUCGCUGGAUCAGGUCUUGGACCUAUGGGUGGUACUGGAAGUACCUCUAGUCCUGAUGCUCCAAUCGGCGGUGAUUCUGGUACUUCAAUGGGCGGUGAUUCAGGAGAUUCAGCUGACUCUGAUGAAGGAGUUACUGAUAGUCCAAUUUCAAACAUGGACGAUGGUUCAGUCGAUUCUGGAGUCGAUGGUCAACCUGAAACUGCAACUGAAGGUGUUGGCUCAUAUUCAGCCGAUGGUGAAGUCGUUGGUCCACAAUCUGGCGGAGACUCACCAGUUUCUCAAGGAAAUGGUGGAUCUACUCCCGGUUCAACCAAAGGUAAUCCCUCAUCAUCAUCAUCAUCUUCACCCGCUCCAGGCUCUGACGCUGGAUUAGGUGCUGACGUUGAAACUGAUGUUGCCAAUGGUUCAGGUACUCCCGAAGGCGGAUCAGCAGCCGCUGGAGCCGCUGCAGGAACUGAAGUCACCCCAGCCGAUGAACCUUCAACAAACGGAGGUAAUGUCGCUAGUUAUGGUUCAGUCAAAGGAGCCUCACCUGCAAAUGCUUCACGAUAUCGACUUUCAAAUCGACGAUCAUCUCCAGCUCGAAACUCUCGACUUCGAAAUGUAUCUAGAUCAUCCUCAGCAUCCAGAGGUUCACGAUCUCGUUCAAGGUCAUCAUCUCGAUCAUCAUCUUCACGAAGAAAAGUAGCCGCAUCACCCCGACGAUCCAACUCACCUCGAAAUGCACGAAGAGUCAAUCGAGUUGCUCGAGUGUCUCGAGGUCGUGCAAAUAAUAGGUCACAAUUAAGAAAUCGUAGCUCUGCUCGUCGACGAACAACCAGAUAUCGAAAUAAUGUUCGAUCUCAAAAUUAGAAUCAACAAUUAUUACUAAACAAUUUAAGUAGUUAAGUCAACAAGCUUUCGUAUUCAUUAUCAAGGGAAACAACAAUUAAGCAACAAUUUGGGUUUGGUUUUUGAUAAUUAAUUGAUCGACUCUCAAAGAUAAAGCUCAAUUAUAUAUUCAGUUUAAAUUUAUAAUUAUUUCAUCAAUUGAUCAAUCAAAGUGGACAUAAAAGAAUCAAAUUAAGAGUUAACUCUUUGAUUAUCACAAUUUCAAUUUUUCAUUGCCAAUCAGUGUUGAUGUUAUUUGAUUAAACAUUAAGGAUUUAAACAAUUAACUGUAAAUCCUUUUGUCUCAUCAUCAUCAUCAUAAUUAUCAUCACAAUCACUUAACAAUCAACAAAAUUUUUAAUUCAUCAUAAAAUUUAUAAAAUCAUCUUCAUCCUCCUAAUCAUUAAUGUGAACUUGAAAUUUGCAAUUCAAUUAAUUAAUUGUAUUAACUGCCAAUCCCUUCAAAACUAUUACGAGGUCAAAUUAAUACAUCAACCAUUAAGAUCCAACUUCAUAAUCAAUCACAACAAUUAAAAACUCACUAAUCGACAAAAUCAAUUGUAAGAUUUUAAUUGUGAGCUAUUGUUAAGCAAUUAAUUUUCUUGUUCUCAUUUCUAAUCCCAAUCAUACAAUUUAUAUAAUUCACAAUUAACGAUUAUCAUCAAAUAGCAAAUUUAUUGGUGUAAAAUAUUUUGAUCAUAAUAAAGAUGCCAUAGGAUUUUUGGGUUAA